AUGUUUUACAGGUUCUCCAAAGAGUUUGAGAAAACUGCAGAAUAUGAUGUGAAGCCUGUAGGGCAGUUCCAAUAUUGGUUGGAGCCCAAUAAUAGCUUUGUUUUUGGGUAUGGAAAAAGGAACUAUCUUGUUACAGCAAUAGAAGAGGAUGAAAGCUAUUGCUGCGAGUGCAGCAAGUUUGAUAGGGAUGGAAUCAUUUGCUGCCACAUUAUGAGAGUUAUGGUCAGAAUGGGUGUGAAAUUAAUACCAGAAAGGUACAUCCUUAAAAGGUGGACGCAACAAGCAAUUGCUAGUGAUACUAACCAGGUCCAAAAUGUGAAUGCACCAGUGGGACUUGUGGCCCGUGGGAUGCCAUUGACUAGUGAGAAAACUUUGAGAUUUACCAACGCAACCACCGCGUUUGCAGCAAUAGCAGUGGAAGGUUGUACAAAUGAUGAAAACUAUGCUAUUUUGGAGAAGCACAUCAAGGAGAUGCGAUCUGAAUUUGAAGAAAUUAAGAAAAGGACGAUGGCAAAUAGGCAAAACACUAGUGGUGCAGAAGGUGGUGCUACAGAAGGUGCACAAAAUGGUACAGGUGCAGUGGCUGGUCCAAAUACAUCAAGUGUAGCGAACCCCCCAAAAUCAAAAGCUAAAGGGCGCAGGAAGGAGAAGUGUUCACAGUGCAUUAGCAUGUGGAACCCGCAGUCAUGA